UAUACAUAUUAUUUUCAUUUUAAAGACACAUAUUUAUUUGUUUUUAAAAUUAUGCCUUCUACAACAACAACAACAACAACAGCGUCAUCAUCAUCAAUGCACCAAAAGAAAUCACGUUCAACUAAACCCAAAUUAUUCCAAUGUACAGGCUUUGGAGACUGUCAUAUGGUAUUUACUCGUUCAGAACAUUUAGCAAGACAUACUCGUAAGCAUACUGGAGAGAAACCUUACGUGUGUAUUGUGCCUGGUUGUUCUCGAAGAUUUAGUAGAUUUGAUAACAUGAUGCAACAUACACAAACUCACAAAUCCACGCGUAAUAAAUCUCCUCAUUCAUCAAAUACAGAAACCACAACUACUAUAUCCAAUUAUUCAAAAAAUUCAAUCUCUAAUAUGAAUACAGCAACAUAUGAAAAAGUACCUAAAUUUAUCAUGUCUAAUCAUCAUAUGGAUUCAUCAUUAUCUUCAUCUACUGCAACAAGUAGUGUUCCAUCACCACCUUUAUUAAAAGAACUUCAUUUAACUCAAGAUGAAUUUGAAGCACUUCAAGGAUUUGGUCGAUUCAGACAUACACCUAUUUUUAUAGAUUCUUUCCGAGACUUGGCGUCUGUUGUUUAUAUUGAACCUAAUCCAGCUCGUAACUGAAAUAUAAAUACAUAUAUCAUUUUCCCCCCUUAAACGCCCCCCUCCCCUUAUUUUCAAUUUUCUCUUUCUCUCAUCUCUCUCUC